GUCAUAGACCCUUCCGUGGUGACAUGACUGGGAGACAUAAUUCUAAGGGAAAACUUUUUACUUUUAAACUUGUUCUGCUUGGGGAGUCAGCCGUUGGUAAGUCUUCUCUCGUAUCCAGGUUUGUCAAAGGAGACUUUAAUGAGUACCAAGAGUCAACUAUUGGAGCUGCAUUUCUCACUCAAACCGUUCGCUUUAACGAUUAUACUGUCAAGUUUGAAAUUUGGGAUACCGCCGGGCAAGAAAGAUAUCACAGUCUUGCUCCUAUGUACUACCGAAAUUCUCCUUGCGCUAUCGUGGUUUAUGACGUAUCAAAUUAUGAAACCUAUACUAGAGCGAAAGCUUGGAUUAAAGAAUUGCAAUGUCAAGGGAGCGCAGAUAUCAUUAUUGCUCUAGCAGGAAACAAAUCUGAUGUUUCUGAACACAUUGUUGACCCAGAGGAAAAAUCCAGAUGUGUUGCUUUUCUUAUGGAGAUUAUGUAUAUGAUUAGUGCCUAUUAUGCAAAUGAGCAUGGGAUUAUUUUUAUGGAAACUUCCGCUAAAACGGGGUCCAAAGUGAAUGAACUUUUUCUUGAAAUUGCGAGGCGUCUCCCAAAGAAUGAGAUUCGCCAAGAACGAGAAGGCAAUGUUUUUUUAGGAAGCGAUAGUGAAAAUACUAAACCUUGUCCCUGCAACUUUUGAAUUUGGAAUUAUUACUUAAACUUCGCCUCAUCUUUCGUGAACAGUUCAU